CAGGAGUCGAGAGGCUUGGGAGAGGUCUUGACGGGAGCUUCUGUGAUCGCCAUCCAAUAAUGCGGAGGCGGGGAAUCGGGUGCGUGGCUGUAGUCACUUUAUCGUGGCAACGGUCGGGCCAGCCUCUGGCCCUCCAGCUAGUCACCACCCAUCGGGUAAAUGCCACGCAAAAACGCCAGUCAACGGUGCCCAUAGAUAUCGAGUUUCCCAGUCCAGUCAAGAUUUUAGUGCGACUCCUGACAAGAGAAAUAAGCCGUGGACAGUGCGAAACUAGCACGCAACAGAGCUAUGCUAGUUAUCGAUAUCAAUAUCGCUGGCCCAGAAAGACACGAUAUCGUGAUAUCAGCAACUAGAACUCUGAGAUACAUCAGGUCGUCAUAAUCAAAGGUAUACGGAGACAGCAUGGUAUAAAGAGA